CCAAUAGUUAGUUGACAGCUCACAUUGUUAAACUGUUUACUUGUAUCAGACCAAUGAAUGUCAUUUGAAGCUCAGCUUGGUUUCUGUUCAGAUCUAAAUCUUUAUUUCUAGACUUUUAACACACAAUUUAAAGCGACUUAUAAAACAAAAGGUGUUUUUGUUAAAUAUAAAUUGUGUUUAACAGACAAACUCUGGUUUUACAUUUCAUUUUAAUUUAAGUUUGCUUAAAUUUCAUUAUUAAACAUGGCAACAUUUUCUGUAGAUUCUGUUGCUCAAGGCCAUGUUGUGGAUAAAGAAUAUUGUUGUUCAAUCUGCCAAGAUCAUAAUAAGGAGAUAAAUGCAGUAUUUUACUGUAAAAAAUGCAAUACUUUUUACUGUGGACAGUGUAUUAAGUAUCACAGAAAGCAUGGUCGGUGGUUUAAUAAACAAUCUCCUUAUGGAAGGGAUAAAAUAAGGAAGUGGCCACUGUCUAAGAAAAAGGAGCAUUAUCUCAGAACAUGUGAUAUUCACAAAGAUGAACAAUUAACUAAAUUCUGCCAAGACCACAGUUCUCUGUGCUGCUCUAAAUGUGUUGACUUUGAUCACAGCAAGUGCAGUAAAAUGACCCCGAUUUCGGAGCUGACCAACUCCCAGCCCACAGACCUACAGGGACUGUCAGAGGAGCUGGAAACUGUCAUGGGGGGAAUCAAAAGCCUACAGAUAAAUCAGGAGGCCAGUGUUCAGUCAUUGCAGAGAACAUACAAGGAACAUGGGGCAGUCAUGAUAGAACAAUUGCAUGGCAACUUAAAUACUAAUAUAGAUAAGUGUUGUAAUAGUUCUGUGGGUACAUCAAACAAAAAUUUAAAAGAAGAAAUGUGUUGGAGUGUUCUUUCUAUCUUGAAUGAAUUUGAUAAUAUUACUGUGAAGGAACUAAAUAAGAUGAAAGAUGAAGUUAUAAGCAUAAAAGGGUCAAUUACAAGUUCUAUUCAUAAAUGCACCAGUCUUCACAAUGACUUGUUGCAAUUACUUGAAAUCUUUCAGAAAAUUGGAGAUAAUAAGGAGCUCUGCCUUAUAGCCAGCAUAAAAUGUAAGCAUAUAAUACAGCAGGCAUUGACUCUGCUUGGAAAGUCAGGCAAGGUGUUUAAGGUCCAGGGGAAGUCUGAGUACAAUGUGAGAAUACCAAGUGAUUCAGUUACAUGUGAUAUCUCAGGCAUAUGUGUUCUUCCAGAUGGACAGGUCCUGGUUGUAGACUGUACAAAUAAUAAUGUCAAGCUGCUGAACCAGCAGUACCAGGUGGUGAGUCACUUGGAUGUGAAUGCUUGGCCAUUUGACAUUUGUUUGAUCGCACCGAGUGAGGUUGCUGUGACUGCUAGCAACAUACAUGAGGUCCAGUUUAUCACUGUCAACCAGGGAAAGCUUGUUCCUGGCAGGAAGUUUCAGUUACAACAUGAAUGUAGAGGUAUUGCCCAUCAAAAUGGAGACCUUUUUGUCACCUCUGGUAUAGAACUGUACAAAUACACGCUGAAUGGGAAACUGAUCUGCAGACUCUAUAAAGCUUUGGGUUAUAAUACAGUAUACAAGUGUGCUGUGAGUCCCUUAGGAGACAGGCUGUACAUCAGCAGCUACCUGCAGGACAAGCUUCUCACCCUGGCCAGGGAUGGCACACUCCUGGCUACAUACACAGACCCAGCACUAGGGUGGCCACAUGGUCUACAUGUGACCCCUGCAGGCCAGGUGCUGGUCUGUGGAUGGCAGUCCAACACUGUACUACAGGUGGGCUGGGAGGGAGAGAGUAAGCUGGCUACGCUGGCUACUCAGGAGGAUGGAGUGAGGAGGCCACGGUCAGUCUGCUACAGCAGCACCACAUCAUCCAUCAUUGUGGGACUGUGGGGGGACUACAUCCGGGUGUUCAGAGUGGAAUAGUGUGUACAUUCGCUGCUGAGUCAGGACAAGGAUGCUGAGGAUGUGGUGGACAAG